AGAUGGCUCGAAGACUUUGAAGGCUCGAGUUUUUUUCCGAAGGGCUCAGCCAAGUUUCGAAGCCCGUCUUUUCCCGAGAAGCCAUGGAAGCCUUCGCGGAAUCUGUGUUGCGCCCUGGCAUCUUGGUACUGCAGCUGGGUCUUCUGCUAAAACUGAUCCAGCUUGUGGUCUCCUUUCUUCAAGCGAACGCAUGGUCCCUUCGAUCCAUGGUGGCCCGCGGGAACCAGAAAUGGCGCGAGCAGUGGAACAAAAUCAAGAGGCAGUACCUGGAAGAGGCUGAUGCUUCGGACCACAGUGGGCAGGAACUGGCGAGGAUGCGCUGCUCCUGGACACGUACAACUUGGUGGGUAUUUCUUGCAAUAAACCUGCCCCGCUUGCUGUUGCGACAAGUGCGGCGAUCGCCUGGGGACCAGACUGGGGAAGAGUUUGAAAUUGGACUUGUUUGGGUAUGCGCCAUGGGGCUGGUGAUAGUGUGGUGUCCACGACUGAUCAAUCCCUGCAGCCAGGAUGUCUUGUACAUGAUGGCGGCCUUGGGCAUGGAUGCUGCAAUUGUGAUUGCGGGGUUGUUUCACAACAUCGAUGUCAGGGACGUGAUCACUCUCACCUUUCCCGGCCGCUUCAUGUAUGCGGUGCUGGCGAAUCGCGCGUCCUGCGUGGUCUUUUGCAUAACCGCACACUUACUCCAAGCAAUCCACCUAUCCGUGGCGAGGCACGCCCAAGAUUCUCAAGCUGCAGGGUCGGGCGUCACCAUCCCAGAUUUGCUCGCCAUAUUUCUGGCGAUGUUUUGGGGCAUUUUGGCUGUUCGAAGGCUCCUGCUGGAGAAUGUGCUCCUGAGGGUGGACGUGCAGAAGCGGACUGUGGAGCUGGGGGCGGUCUCCUCCUUACUUGCUGCGUGCUACGAUGCAGUGCUAGAGGUGGAUCAAGGAUUAAGGCUCGCACACGAUUCGCCCCAGCUCUCUUCCAUGCUAUUGCGAACGCAAAGGGCGUCAGGUCUGUCUGAGGAGGUGUUGCCGAACUUGUUUCACGAGGAGGACAGGGCUCGCAUUUCGGAGCAAUUUCGGACUUCCACCAGCCAAUCUGCAACGGCGUUGAAUGCAGACAUACUGGACUCGGAUUUCAACCGUGUGAAGGUUGAGCUGGUAUGCGUGCAGUUCGACAACUUGACAAAUGACAGGUGCUUCCUGGUGGGUAUACGUGAGAUACAGGACUUUGAACGUGGUUCGCUUGCUGCAGCUCCAUUGCAUCCACCCACCAGCAGCGCUGCGGAUUUUUGCCUGGUUUUCGACUUGCAGUCGCUCGAAAUCCAAAUCAUGAGUGAUGGGAUGAAGCAGUUGUGCAAGUCGUUGCACCCGAGCGACAGCAUGCCGGACAGCAUUCUGGACAUUGUAAGCCCGGAGAGCCACUUGUCUUUGCGCAGUCAACUGCAGCGCCUGAAGGAGUCAGACGAGGCGGCUGCUGUAACCUUAAAGCUGCUGGGAUUUGGCGAGCGGCAAGCGUCCGUGACCAGGGAGUACGACCAAUUUUUGGAGCGCUGGGUUGCCAACAUGUUUAUUCCCACGGCGACUUUGACUCAAUCCAACCUCCGAAGUUUACCUGACGAGCGUGGGCGGCAUUUGGGACGUGGACGCUCCGACCACUCAAGCCUGAGCUCUCGGAGCUCGCGAUCCCGGCGUUCCCGUUCUCUUCGAUCCAGCUCCCGGGCUGAAAGCCGUGCAGCCGACCUCGCUGGGUCGAUCACUCAGCUGCAUGUGACCAAGAUCCCGCUCUAGCAGUCUUCGAGACAGAGCUCACGCGGGCUGAUCCUUAGCCGCGCAUGCGGAUGACAUGUUGCAAAGAUGAAGCAUGUUGUAAACUCAACAGGAAUAGACAAGCUUUUUGCCAUCCAUGGCUUGUGCAAUCGAAUUCGACCCAGCUUCCCGAUUCGUGGCCCAUCGCAUGAAAUGCAAAGCCAUAGCUUUCGGGAUCACAAAUGCGCACAUUUGCCAUUGCCGUGCUGCGUGCU